AUUUUCUGCAUGCUACAUGUGUGUCGUCCGCUGUCUGAGUGUGUGGUCUGCCUGGGGACCCUCUUGCAGUAUCAUCAUCCAGUCAUAUGGACCUGUUAUUUCUGUGAAACCUGACCUCAGUUGGUGCUGAGGUCCACUCCUGGUAACUGCAUGUUUCCUCGAUGCCUUUUCACUUCAGCCUUAGCCGGUUUUCAGUCGCAGGCAAGUCCCUCUGACUCCAGUCUGUCUCUGAUGGAUACUUUUCUCUCUCUUGGGCCCCAGAAGGAAACCAGCAUGACAACUGAGAAACAUAAUUUACUCCGAAUCAAUAACAGCAGGAUUUAAAUAAUCUACAAGCAUCGCAAUUUCUCCAACACUAACUAAUCCAUUGUUCUGGAGUUUAUUCUCAUGUUUCUGCUUGGAAUUUCCUUGGGAUGAUACAACCAUGACAACCACAAACACUAUCAUUGACAUAGAUGGAUGUGAUCAUAAUUUCUUUUUUUUGUGUAUUAGCAGAGAAUGAAAAUUUCGGAAUGAAAAUGUGAAUGCCUUUCUUACAGUUUGGAUUAACAUUCUUUUGUGACCCGUGUAAUUGCUUUACACAGAAGACAUUUUCGUAUAAAGUCCACCGCUAAUGUGCUUUGGAAAAAAAAGCACCUUGGAAUUAUUUGAAACGGUAAUUAAUUUAGCUGUAACUUUAAAGCAUCAGAAAAGAAAAAGAGAGGAAAAAAACACGAGUGUAUCACUUGAAGUCGUAUUUGCCCAUUUUAGCACUGAAGCAUGUUUAACCUCCGAUUUGCAUGCUACUAUUUUCUGUUGUAUCUAUUUACUGAUGAAGCUACGAUCAGCAACAGUUUUUAUUAAGCAAAGAGUUAUGUUUUCCGUCUGUGGCCGAGAGAGGGGCCUUUAUUCAGAUUAUAAAAAUGGAGGGAGGAAACAACUUGCAGUUCCAGUCGGUUGGGUUCCUGAAUCGAGGUACCUACAUUCAUUCCCUUACCCAAGGAUGUGUCGAGAUGGUCUCCCCAAGCACGUACGGUGAGCAGAACCAGCAGAUCAGCAAGGGUUCCACCUCAAUUCAUCCUGUCUUGGCGCUAAACAAGAAAGAGCACAGAGGCUGCGAUAGCCCGGACCCAGACGCCUCCUAUGUCCUCACCCCCCACACUGAAGAAAAGUAUAAAAAAAUUAAUGAGGAGUUUGAUAAUAUGAUGAGAAAUCAUAAAAUCCCGGCUCCCCUGCCCCAGCAGAGCUUCUCCAUGCACGUGGCCGUACCAGUGAGCAGCCCCAGUGGCCUGCCCUACAGCCCCGGCAGCACCCUGGGGGCCCCCGCCCCCCCGGUCCCUCUCAGCGACGCCGGCAUGCUCUCACCCCCUCCGGGGUCCAUGCACCGCAACAUGGGGUCCCCCGGAGGCCCCCAGCGUCCCCCCAGCACAGGCAGUGCAGGAAACGGCUUUGUCAACCCACGUGGAUCCCCUGGACUCCUGGGCACCCCCAGCGGCAACGGCCUGGGCAAGAGCAUGCCCACGAAGUCCCCCCCCCCACCAGGGGGCAGCUUGGGCAUGAGCAACCGCAAGCCAGAACUGCGCGUAGUCAUCCCCCCCACCAGCAAGGGCAUGAUGCCACCACUGAACCCCCAGAGAAUAAGCAGUUCCCAGGCCACCCAGCCGCUCGCCACCCCAGUGGUGUCUGUCACCACCCCCAGCCUGCCCCCGCAGAGCCUUGUCUAUUCUGCCAUGCCAACUGCCUACAACAGUGAGUACUCCCUGAACAGCGCUGAGCUCUCCUCCAUGCAGGGCUUCACCUCACCCGGGGGCCUCUCUCUAGGCUCUAUGUCGGCAUGGCAACAGCAUCAGCUUGGCCAGGCCGCCCUCAGUUCACUGGUUGGGAGCAGCCACCUAACUCAGGGUGCCAGCCUCUCCAUCAACACCAAUCAGAAUAUCAGCAUCAAGUCGGAGCCCAUAUCUCCUCCCCGCGAGCGCCUGGGCCCCUCAGGCGGAUUCCAGCCACCCGCGCCUGUGUCCGCACGCCAGGAUGUGGGCCGCUCGCCCGUCGACAGCCUCAGCUCAUCCUGCAGCUCAUACGACGGCAGCGACCGCGAGGACCCGCCACGUGCUGAUUUCCACUCCCCCCUGGGCAUGGGGCGGCCGCCAGUGGGGGCGGAGGAGCGGGGCAGCCCCUCCGUCAAGCGCAUGCGGAUGGAUGCCUGGGUUACAUAGAAUCUCCCCAAGCACCAGCUAGUCCACCUCUGAAGGGGGUAUCGCGGGCAGGGGGGCAGCUCUGCUUUUUAUGAUAUUAUUGUUAUUAUGUUAUUUAACUUUAUUUUGUUUUGUAAGUAGAACAAAGGCAAGGUGUUGGAAAACGCGUCCAAUCUGAGUAGGUUUCACAACCAAAAACAAACACGCAAUGGACUCAUGCAUUCGAACAAAAGUGAUCAGGCACCCCGUGCUCACAUACUUAAGCAGUGCAGCAUCUACAGAAGCUGCGACGCAGCAGAGGCAGUCUUAGUCACCGGGCCGGUCCUGGGCCAGAUGGCACUGUGCUCACGCCGGUGCAUCUGCACGUUGUGGUCGCUUCGUAGUCCCAAUACGGGGCUCACGUGUCCAGUCUGGUUACCUCACCUUUUACUAGAUAUCACAUAAUGAAACCUGCAAUGUUAAAAAUUGGAAGAACCGGCAGAGAUGUAUGGUGGCAAUGGGUCAGGUGAGCGGCAGGUGGGAGAGCUGGAACGGGACCGGUACUGCGGUACAAUUUUAUGCUUUCGGGUCUAUUUACCAGAAUUGGCUAAGCUUGUGGAACACACACAAAUUAAUGUUUAAAAGACACACAUAGAAUAAUAUAUUAAUUUAUAAUUGGGAAUUUGACUGAAAUUAUUUAUAUUUAUGUUUACCUGAAGUUUGUAAACUUAAAAAAAUUAUUUGAACCCUGGAUAUUUUGUCAGUGAAAUAUUUUGCCUGGUCACAAUGUUAGUUGUGUAGGAACAGAGCCAGAAUGAAUUAUUUAUGUAAGCCAAAGCUGUACGUUAGUUAUUUUGUUUAGUUUUGGAUUGAUAUUUUCUGGCUAAAACUAGUUUAAUUUGAAAUUGUUUUAGCAUUUUUGCUUUAUUACAAACAACAAUGUAAUGUGUAAGCAAGACCUCAAAUGAAGCCAUGAAUAUUUGCUGUUCUGUUUGUAAAUUCAAAAUUGAGCCAAACUUUACUUUUUGUUGUGUAUAUAGCAACUUUAAUAUAUAUAUAUAUAUCACCUUGGUGUAAGUACUUAUGUAUUGUACCUUCACCAGAUUUAAGAAAAGAAAGUAUAUUUUUGUGGGUUUACCGCCAAGUUUACAAGGCGACAUCCUUUACUCAGUAGAAUAUUCACUGGUUAAUAUUUACUAUUUUGUUAAAUAUGCUGUACUUUCUUCGAAAUUGAAUUAAUAUGGUAAAUAAGCAUUUUUUCUGAGGGUAGUUUCUGGGUCGUUUUCCCUUUAAUGGUGGUGAACAUCUGUCUGUACCAUAGGGUUUGGCUUUCUGCGUUUUUCUGUAAAGGGUGAUUGUAGUGCACAGGAUAGCGGGGAUAGUGCAUAGGGGCUUUUGGAUGAACAACCCCUGUCCGAAAAACUGGCAUCCAGCUGCUUAAUUCCCAGAUUUCACUUUUCUAACACCCAGGGUCAAGCCUCCCCACGGAACAUGGAAGCAUAAAAUAUGAACUUAACAUAUAAGGUAUCCUCUCUUAGUAAAAAACAAAAACAAAAAAAAAAAAAAACUCACUUUUCUGAUGAAUAUGUCUUGCGUGUAGCAGUGAUACUCAUGGAGUGGCACUUUUUACGUAAUCUUUAAAAACAGAUUAGAAAUGCACACAAAUGUGAAUUGAAGACAUCUGGAAAAUCUUGGGUCAGGUUCCUGUGAUUUGGCUCAGUGAAUUUUAAUCUUUUCUUGCAUCCAUCCAUCCAUUCCUCCAUCCAUCAGGUUUCAUUCAUUGUUGGUUUCACAGGGACCCAAAGCCAAACCACAUGUUAUGGGUGGGGGCUGUGCUGUAACACUGCAGAUGUCAUUGGUAUUUAUCGGUAUUGGGUAUGUUUUUAUCGUGCACACGAGGUCACAGGAUCGAUCAGACAGGGGGGUCUCCGCUUGGUGCCGGUUGUGGCCCAUCACAUUUGCUUCUUGCACCCUUUAAAUGCGCGCGUGUAGUUCGCUGCAUGGAAGGGUCCUUCCUUUGCAUUUGCUGUCUAUUUCUUUGUGUGUUCCCUAUGCAUAGGCAACCUCACUCGCCACCCAGUCAAACCAUAGCGCCCAAAAUGAUCUAUGCACUCUGUAUCCCAGUUGGUGUCCACUUUCAGCUUAUUGUACAUUACUCGGUUAAGUGCACCCUUGUCUUGUAUCUCAUCAUACUCACCCUUAUGAGCGAGUCAGUUUCCCAACCACACAGAAUGCGACUGUUACCUGUCACCCUUAAAACGUCACCAAGGUCAUUAAAGGACAGAAAAAAGCUGUCGUCAUCAUCAUCAUCGCACGCCCAACCAACACUAAUCUCUACCUCCGCAUGUUUAACCCGAUGGCCUGAAUCCUUGCACAACCAAUACAUGUUCUGCUGAUUAUUAGGGGGGGAGUGCAGGCAGUGCAGUGCACAGGUUAUACAGCUGCCUGGAACAUGGAAUUCACCAGCGCCUAAUAUUGAACAUGAAAAGUUCUCAUGAUAAACUCGUAUUGCGUCAUGCAUUUUAACUGAACAUGAGAAUAUCUUACAAUUUUAUGCAUUCAAAAGGUUAUUCAUUUAUUAUAAAAGCAGCAAUAAUUGAAACAUUUAUAACAGUAGUUUGAGUAAUGAAUAGUAAGAAGCAGCAUCUAAAUAACACCCAAAGAAAUAUUUAAUGGCUCUCUUUUCAGAAUCAGGUAGCUUACAUCUAGUUUUGUAUAUUUAGAAAUGGAGCCUUGUUCGAAAGAACAAGUGUCGUUUUCAUAAAAAAAAAAAAAAAAAAUUAAAUCUCUGAGCACUUUGUGCUACCGUGGAUAUAUCCCUCCGACUGGGAGCCAACAAUGGACAAGAAGUACUGGUGUUGAUCUCAGGCUGCUCCUCUGCUGUUCCCCAGUGUUUUAAUUCCUAUGUUGUGUGCACACAAGAAAUACAUAGUAAAUUUAAAGAAAGCAUAAUGUGCUGAUACACACUCCUUGGGUCUGUUUGCUGUUAUUGAAACCGAAAGAUGCACUAAACGUGGAAUGUGAACAAUGGUGGGGGGGAGAAGAAGAUGGACAGUUUCACUUUUUGCUGUGCGACAGUACACUGCUUUGCUCUUCGGCUUUUAUAAACAGAAGUGCGCAUCUCGUGUUUGUUUGUAGCUGAUAGUUCCCUUGAGAAGCUGUUUGCGGUUUGGAAACUCAGACCGUUUGGCGGCACAAGCUGGACUUUGUUGCCAUGGAUGAAACAAAAUGUUUCGAGAUCAACAGAGAAUUUUAAGUUAAUCUUGCAUUUUAUUUCCCUGAAUGUGUUGUUUUAUCUUCAUUAUACAAUAAAUAUUCUAGUGAACUUUUUAUUGAAUGACUAAAAUAUUACAAUAGAGAUUGUUGUACAAAUUUGUAUCCUGCAUUCACUAAAGUAAAGAUAUUGGCUUUUACUGUGUAA